AUGCCUGAUAAACACAAGUUGAAUUUGUUUUCCAAGCAUAGCAAACACGGUAAAGAUAACAAUCAUGAUGAAUUGUCUCCAUCAACUUCGAACCACUCUGGUGGCCGAAAGUUUCUAGGUUUCACAAUUGGUAAGCAUGAUCUGGAUGACUCUGUAUCAAUGAGUUCCCCUAACAAUACUGGAAGAAACUCACCUGAACCGCACCACCCAUCAAGUGCGUCACAUACACCGCCAGCAGGGUCAUCUGCUCAUUCAGUUCACCAACCAUCGAAUCUUCAUCCAAGCGGCAGCAAAAGCAGAGGAAGUGGUACACCAUCUCCAUCAGCAUCACGGUCUCCCUCACAAACACAAAUGCAUUCGUAUUCGCAUUCACACCCUCAUUCACAACCACAACCACAUGCACAUGCAGGUACAAGUACAAGUGCAAAUGCAAAUACAAACGCAAGUACAAACAUUUCAUCGCCACGAGUGAACUCCCCGCACCAUCCUCUGUCAUUGCAACACGAGGAUCAAACUACGAAAAAGGGAUCAAUGGCUGAACUCAAACGGUUCUUUAAGCCAACCAGACACACCUCCAAUAACAAGAGAGAAGGUCAUUCGACGAAUUCGAGUCAUCUAUCACCUCCACAACCAGGUGGUGUUGCUGGUGGUUUUGGCAGUGGUCACAAUAGUGGGUUGUCUACACGAGAACAUUCAAGCACGUCACUAGCGAAUAUGAUCAAUCAAACAUCAUCGCAAUUACUUCAUAAUGCAUCGCACUCAUCAAACAAUGCAAAUGGUAACCGAGAUCCAUUCACAGACGACAAUUCUCCAUUGGUAAAGAAAUAUGGGAAAAUCGGUAAGGAAUUAGGAAGUGGUGCAGGUGGCUCUGUCAAACUAAUCACUCGACCUUCAGACUCAAAGACAUUUGCCGUGAAGGAAUUUCGAGCAAGAAGGUCAACAGAAACAUUAAAAGAUUAUACUCGAAAAUGUACCGCUGAGUAUUGCAUCGGCUCGACAUUGAAGCAUCCAAACAUUAUCAAAACCAUUGACAUUAUCCAUCAAAACCACAAGUACUUUGAAGUAAUGGAAUAUGCACCCAUUGACUUUUUCGCCGUUGUUAUGAGUGGAGACAUGUCACGAAAUGAGAUCAAUUGUUGCUUAAAGCAGAUUUUGGAAGGGGUUAAUUAUCUCCAUAAUUUGGGACUUGCGCAUCGAGAUUUAAAGUUGGAUAACUGUGUCAUAACAAUGGAUGGAAUUUUAAAAAUCAUUGAUUUUGGAAGUGCGGUGAUUUUCAAGUAUCCGUAUGAUCAAUUUGGCAGUAACAAGGAAGUGAUACAUCCUUCUCAUGGUAUUGUUGGCAGUGACCCUUACUUGGCUCCCGAGGUGUUAAAGUCUCCGAAUUCGUACAAUCCACAACCAGUUGACUUGUGGUCAAUUGCAAUCAUAUAUUGUUGUAUGACAUUGAAGAGGUUUCCUUGGAAGAUCCCUAAUGUGGAUAAAGACAAUAGUUUUAAGCUUUAUUGUAUGCCCGACGAUAAUUUCCAUGAUUAUUAUCUUAGCAAUGAAUAUCAUAAACUAUUACUUCAGCAAAGGAAGUUGAAAAACAUAAUUGUUAGACUGAACAAGCGGAAAAAAAUGUUGGAACAAGUGGGGAAAGAAGAAAGACACGAAGUAGAAAUAACAGUGGAUGAAGAAGUAGAACAAGAUCGAGAACAAGAAAAAGACAAGGAAUCGGAACUGGAACGCGAACACGAACAAAACAAUGCGAACCAGCAACCGGGAAAUCAAUCUAAGGAACAGGUUAAGGAUGUAGCAAUGGAAGAAACCGAAUCCAAGAUUGCUGAGGAGGUUCUCACCGAAGAACAAGAGCAAGAUAUACUUGCGCAAUUGAAAGAGAUUGAUGUUCAACUCGAUGCGCACGAACAGCGAAAAAACGAGCUUAAACAUCAAUUCAAUGAACGGCGUCAACGAGAAUUGGCAGAUCCAAAAAACAAGCAAUUACAUCUUCAGCAGCAGCAGCAACAAGAACAAUUACAACAACAGCAUGAUGAGCGGAAAGAGCAAGCUAGAAAAGAAGGCAAAAGACCCAGCCCCAAGCAAAUACACGGGCCAUAUAGAUUAAUGCGUUUGCUUCCGCAUGCAUCAAGAUCGAUUAUUUCCAGGAUGUUGAUGGUGAACCCACAGGAGAGGGCAAGUAUUGAGGAGAUAUUAAAUGACGAAUGGAUAAAGGAGAUUGAGUGCUGUACGUUGAAGAGGUUUGCGCGGUCGAGGGAUAAUAUCGGACUGGGAUUUGACGAGGAUGACGAGGAGGUGUUGGUAAAGGGAAACCCACAACAUCUGCAUACAGUUGUGUUGGAGUCGUAA